AUGGGGAUCAACGGCGAGGAGUGGGAGGAGACGAUAGUGGGCGGCGGCGUUCGGAGGCGGAAGGGUGGUGCCGAGGCUGCCGGCUUGGGCGCAUCCUCCUCCUUUGCGGAGGGGAUGGGGGAAUUCGUGCUGAGGUCCAUGGACGCCAGGUUCUCCGGAUCGGUCGACGACGAUGAGUUAUUUGUCUCGUCGCGGCAGCCAGCAUUUGGGCAUAGUAAAUCAUCAACUGCUACUUCUGGUAUCUUUAAAGGGCAAGAAAACGUUUUUGUAAGGUCAUACUCUGAUAGGUUGCUGAAGUGUGACCUCACUUUGGAUAUGCUAUCAGAAAAUGAGAAGAUAAAGAUAACCGAAAGGUUAGUAAAGAUCCAGAAUGAUGGUACAGUGGAGGUAGAUGUGACGCGCAGUGCUCUUGUUGCCUCAGAACUCUCGGAGAUUGAUGCUUUUGGUUAUGUACCACGUGAUAUUGAAAAAGUUACACCUGGAAUCACCAAGUCAGUCCCAAAGCUGAAGAUUGCUAUACUUGUAGUUGGAACCCGAGGGGAUGUACAGCCUUUUAUAGCAUUAGCUAAACGACUGCAGGAAUUCGGUCAUUAUGUUAGAUUGGCAACUCAUGCCAAUUUCCGUACUUUUGUGAAGUCAGCUGGCAUUGAUUUUUACCCAUUGGGUGGUGAUCCUCGGGUUAUGGCUCAGUAUAUGACAAAAAACAAAGGGUUUUUCCUGGCUGCACCAGCAGAGAUUGCCGUUCAAAGAAAGCAGCUUAAGGAAAUCAUCUUCUCACUUCUACCUGCAUGCACAGAACCUGAUUUGGAUACUGGAACUCCUUUCAGAGCUCAGGCAAUAAUUGCGAACCCUCCUGCUUAUGGUCAUAUGCAUAUCGCAGAAGCUCUUGGAGCACCUCUGCAUAUCUUCUUCACUUUUCCAUGGACGCCAACUAAUGAAUUCCCACAUCCAUUGGCACGAAUGCCUCAAAGUGCAACUUAUAGGCUAUCAUAUCUUAUUCUGGAUUUAAUAGUUUGGUGGGGCUCCAGGGGAUUCAUAAAUGAUUUCAGGAAGAAAUUAAAUUUGCCCCCUGUUGCUUACUUCAGCACAUACCAUGGAUCUAUAUCACACUUACCUACUGGAUACAUGUGGAGCCCUCAACUUAUGCCAAAGCCAAAAGAUUGGGGUCCUCUAGUGGAUGUUGUGGGAUAUUGCUUCUUAAAUCUUGGAACAAAGUAUCAAUCACCACCAGAACUAUCACAGUGGCUUCAACAGGGGCCCAAGCCAAUAUACAUUGGUUUUGGUAGCAUGCCUCUUGAUGAUGAGAAGAAAGUCACUGCUAUCAUUUUGGAUGCACUUAGAGAAACCGGACAGAGGGGAAUCGUUAGCCGUGGUUGGGGAGCUCUUGGAAAUUUUUCAGAAGUUCCAGUUGAUGUCUUCAUCUUGGAGGAUUGCCCUCACGAUUGGCUCUUCCCUCAGUGUGCUGCAGUGGUGCAUCAUGGUGGAGCAGGUACUACAGCAGCAGGGCUGAUAGCUGGGUGUCCUACUACCGUAGUGCCAUUUUUUGGAGACCAGUUCUUCUGGGGCGAGAGAGUUCAUGCACGAGGAGUGGGUCCUGCACCUAUACCUAUUGCAGAACUUACUGUAGAGGCACUAUCAAAUGCAAUAAGAUUCAUGCUUGAUCCAGAGGUAAAAUCACGAACAAUGGAACUGGCGAUAGCAAUAGGCAAUGAGGAUGGUGUGGCAGCAGCUGUAGAUGCAUUUCACCGUCACCUGCCUUCAGAAUUGCCACUGUCGCCACCCGCACAUGUGGAGGAAGAACGCAUAGACUUCUUCCAAUGGUUUUCUCGAGCCCUGGAGAAAUGUUGUUUCCCAUUCAAUUUGUAG